AGUAGAUUGUUCCAUUCAUAAUUUAGCCAUUAACUUUUGUGCUGCGCGAGUAUUUAGUUUGAUAGAAAUAUUGACUCUUUAUUUUAACUUUGGAAACUGUAGUAAUACAAAAUUGUUGUGUGUAUUUGUUUAAAAUGUCUCUUUUAAACGAUAAGGAGAACCUUCACAAUGGUAUCAGCAAUGUGAACCUAAAGUCUCCUACUAUAAAUGUCCUUUCACCGCGAAACGGACCCGAAAAAGUAGAAAAAAUGGAAAUUGAGAAAGAACCUAAAGUACAGACAUUUGACCCCCAGCUCGAACCUCUAUUGAAAGAAAACCCUCGCCGCUUUGUUAUAUUUCCAAUCCAAUAUCCUGAUAUAUGGCAAAUGUAUAAAAAAGCAGAAGCUUCUUUUUGGACUGUUGAAGAAGUUGACUUAUCUAAGGAUCUCAAUGAUUGGGAAAGCUUAAAAGACUGUGAGAAGCAUUUCAUCAAACAUGUGCUAGCAUUCUUUGCUGCAUCAGAUGGAAUAGUAAAUGAGAAUCUCGUAGAACGCUUCUCCCAGGAGGUGCAGGUGCCUGAAGCGAGAUUCUUUUACGGAUUUCAGAUUGCUAUGGAAAAUGUUCAUUCUGAAAUGUACUCACUUCUUAUUGAUACUUACAUCAGAGAUCCUAAGGAAAGAGACUUCCUAUUCAAUGCAAUCGAGACUUUACCCUGUGUCAAGAAGAAGGCUGAUUGGGCUCUACAAUGGAUUGCAAGUAAAACUGCCACUUUUGGUGAACGUAUUAUAGCAUUUGCUGCAGUUGAAGGCAUAUUUUUCUCUGGAAGUUUUGCAUCUAUAUUCUGGCUUAAAAAGCGAGGACUUAUGCCAGGAUUGACCUUCAGCAAUGAACUUAUUUCCCGUGAUGAGGGCCUCCAUACAGACUUUGCAUGUUUAAUGUUCAAGCAUCUAGUACAGAAGCCUAGUAAAGAAUGUGUAUUAAAUGUUAUUAAGGAUGCCGUAGUUAUUGAGCAGGAGUUCUUGACUGAUGCCUUACCCGUCAGACUUCUAGGCAUGAAUUGUGAACUCAUGUCAAACUAUAUUGAGUUUGUAGCUGACCGGUUACUUGUAGAGUUAAUAGGCGAAAAGCACUAUAAUACCAAGAACCCAUUUGAUUUCAUGAAUCUCAUCUCUUUAGAAGGAAAAACGAAUUUCUUUGAGAAAAAAGUUGCCGAAUACCAAAAAUGGGGAGUGAUGGCUAAUCCUAAUGACAAUGUGUUUACUUUAGAUGCAGAGUUUUAAAUCAUUCCAUGUGAUGUUGAUAUUUUUGACGUGCACAGUAUUAAAUAUACCAGUUUAAUUGCAUGACUCCGCCCUUAAAUGUUCAUUAAAUCAUUAAAGGUGCUUAAGCAUCUUGUAGCCUAUGGAAACAAUUAAUUUUACAUUGAUUGGUUUUGUCAAUGUGACUUUCAUACUUAAUUAGAAAUGUACCUAAUAUUAGAUUAAGUAAAUAAGAUAAUAUAAUUAUAAAAUAUUAUUGUAAGUACAUCUAAAUUAAGGAU